AUGAGCACUAUUCUACACCUCGUUCAUGUGAUAAGGAGGAAUUUGAGAGAGCUUAGGAAUGUGAUGCUGUCCCGUCUCUCGCCAAUUCACUAUUCCGAGUACACGGAAGUCUACCGUAUGAUGAUCGGACGCUCCGCCCACAAAAACUAUCAGCGAAUCCUAGACGCCCAAAUUUCGUCAAUUUCCAAAAUCCAUGCGGAAAUCACGACUGGCGCUCAGGAAAUCAUCGAAAUGCCGUAUUCUACAGUAGCCGUGUGCAUUGGAAGGGAAUCUCAUUUUUCUACCGUGUUCGAGACUCCGCCCACUUUCCUAGACUACCGUAGCCCGGAGGAUGACACGUUGUACGGUGUGGGCGCCUAUGCGGGCGACCAUUUCGUUCGAUUUCUGGUUGGCGGGUGUCUCCGGGUGGCGCAACAUAUUUACGCCGGUCAAACUACAGUAUGCAUCAACAACAACAAUAAAAUUUGA